CAGUCACGUGGCGCAUGACGUAAAGGUUUGCCCCUCGCCAUCUUCCCCACCCUCCAUCCUUUCGCAAUCUGAGCACUUCGAGCGGCGGAGCACGAAACACAAGCAUCAUGGCACAGGAUCAAGUUGUGGGCUUCCUCAAGGACUUCCUUGCCGGAGGUAUCUCCGCGGCCAUCGCUAAGACGACCGUGGCCCCCAUCGAGCGAGUGAAGUUGCUUCUGCAGGUGCAAGAUGCAUCCAAGCAGAUGGAAGCCGCAGGGGCCAAGAAGUACAAGGGCAUUAUUGACUGCGUGACGAGGAUACCCAAGGAGCAGGGCGUCCUGUCCUUCUGGCGUGGCAACUUGGCUAAUGUCAUCAGAUAUUUCCCCACACAAGCUCUUAACUUCGCUUUCAAGGACAAGUACAAGCAGCUUUUCCUGGGUGGGGUAGACAAGAAGCGCUUCUGGCGCUACUUCUUCGGUAACCUGGCCUCCGGAGGCGCGGCCGGUGCCACCUCCCUGUGCUUCGUGUACCCGCUCGACUUCGCCCGUACACGUCUGGCCGCCGACAUCGGCAAGGGUGCAGGCGACAGGAUUUACAGCGGCCUGGGUAACUGCCUGGCACAGACCUAUCGGUCCGACGGCCUGUACGGUCUCUACAGAGGCUUCAGCGUGUCGGUGCAGGGUAUCAUCAUCUACCGCGCUGCCUACUUCGGCUGCUUCGACACCGCCAAGGGCAUGAUGCCCGACCCCAAGAAGACGCCGUUCGUCGUGUCGUGGGCCAUCGCCCAGGUGGUGACCACGAGCGCCGGCAUCGUCUCCUACCCCUUCGACACCGUCCGUCGGCGUAUGAUGAUGCAGUCUGGCCUGAAGGAGUUGAUUUACAAGAACACCUUGGAUUGCUGGCGGAAGAUCAUCAAGGAUGAGGGCGCCUCUGCUCUGUUCAAGGGCGCUUUGUCCAACAUCCUGCGUGGCAUGGGCGGCGCGUUCGUGCUCGUUCUGUACGACGAGAUCAAGAAGGUCAUCUAAGAGGGCAGCAUCUGUGCUAUUUAUAUAACACAGCACCACGAGGGUUCUGAACAAUCUGUACUUUAGCUAGCAUACAGGAUCUCUUGGCAUCUCUACAUUAAUCUCUUGCAGUUUGUAAGGAUUUUUAAAUAAGGUCUAAUAAAUGUAUUGAAUCUAGGAGAGGGUGCCAAGAGGUCCUUGGAUGGAGCUUGUGACAUAUUGUAAGACAUCUCUCCGGUGAAAACAGAAUCCUAACAGGUUUCCAAGUAUCUGCCCAUAAUACCAAAUGGAGUGAUUUGUUACCUCAUCCCUCGUAUUGUAGUCAAGCUCUGAAAACCGAAGAAAAAAAAGGAGAAAAAUGAGUCAUUAUGUAAGCACAUUGUACAGGCGUUAAACUUAAGGGAAAUACAGAUUUACAUAUAGAAAUCAUUGAGUUGUACAAUUAGGAAUCAUUUUGGGUUGGACAAGUCUUAGUAUAGACAUCUUUACCUUGUCAUGACGUGAGGGAUGCUAUUUAAUAAUCAUGGCUCUGUUGUUUGUGUGUCUCUUGACCAUUUUUAUCACCACUAGAACCGAAAAUUUUAGACAAAUGAUGAAUCUCUUGGCUUACUUGCAUGACGUAAAUAAAGGUCUUAAACCACAUUGAUGGCUCCUGUU